AUGCACAAGCAUCCGUUGCUUACACACGUUCCGUUGAUGACAGUUCCGAGUAACUUUGUGAUGGAGCGUGGAGAGGAGGAACUGGUUGUUGAUGAUAGUUUCAUGACCGACUAUGCCAUUCAGAUACAAGCAAUUGGAGCUGCCGCACGAUGGCUGGACGUUGAGGACGGUUGGGAUGGCCCAAAGUACCUUCGUGAAAAGUCGUGGCUGAUCGACAUGCUCGAGCAUGCGUUUCUUCCUGAUCAGAUGACAGGGUGGAAUGGAAAGCGUCAAUUUGAGUUGUUGUCCCUGAAAAUGCCGCAACCACUGGAGUCGUGGGAGAGCGAGGAGCAGAAACGGGCUCGGGAGAUGGUUGAAAGAACAGUAGGAGGGUGCUGGUGCUUGAAGUUGGCACAUGGGAUAUCGGGAAAGUUUUUCGAUGACACGUUGGGAAUGCUCUGGAGGAGGUACGACGGAAGCGAUUGCGUGGAAGGAACUUAUGCAGGGUGGAUGCGUUGGGCGGAGGUGAGCUGCAAGCAGGACAAUCCCACGAAACCGAUGGAGAUGCCGGUGUUUGAGCCUACUAUGGUGGGGAGACUCGCAGACCAUCUGUAG